UGCAAAGUUGGCGUUUGGUGCUGACUGUCUUUGUGAUGUGUGAUUGUGUCAAUAGUUUGUUUUACACAAGUAGCACAGAAAACGAUUAUCCUCGAAUAGGAAAGCGACAAAAUAGCCUUCAUACUGAUGUUUGGAUGACAACAGAUAAUAAUUUUGAAGGUUCUGAGGAAAUAAUAGAUAGCAGCAACAUUCCAAAUAUUAAGACUCACACAGCAUCAACUACGUCUUUUAGGUCUAGAAGAGUUGUUGGCUUGCUUUUUAAAUUGUUAGACAGAAAUGGCGACGAAUUCAUAUCAAGAACUGAGUUUAACUCAAAUGCCUUCACAAAUAUUUUGGACGUGUUAUCCAGUCAAAGGCGGAAAAAGUGACAGAAACUCUUGAAGAAAAAUAAAUUGCUUUCUAUAAUAUGCAUCAGCUUAUCAAUAAGAAAAAAGAAAAUGUUAUCCUAUCUUGACCAAAGAUGUCU